CUACCACUCCUCGACCUCAUCAGUCGGAGUCCCCAUUGUCCUCACCAUCUCCUCUUCCUUACGUACCCCGCGAUGUCCGAGUUUUUUAAUGAUGGUAGCGGUGGUAGUGGAUUACGCCGGGAAGACAUUCCUCUUAACGAGAGAAAUAAAUCUCCCGUUAGAAAACGGAGACUUGUGACUCCCGUUUCACCCGAACUUAUGGCGGCGCCUUAUGUUACAAGGGCCACUGUCGCACCGAUUGUCACCAAUACUAGACCGAUGUCAACACCCGAUGACUAUGAUUUAUCGGCCAUUUAUAACGUCCCCUCUGAGACCAUUGUGUCUGUGGUCCCGAAUUCUGCUCUCUCUGCUGUGUCUAAUGGCAAUUUGGUUCGUCCGUCAUCGGUAGUUUUGACUCGUCUUCGGGAACCAGUUAUUGAUAUCUCCACCCAUUCGUCACCAAAGAGAGUCACUCGAUCGACCAAACAAGUGGUUGACAUUUUUGGUCGCUAUUUGUGUGAAAAUAAGGCCGACUUUUUAAAUGGUCGUCAGGACUUAAAAGAUUUGAUUAGUCCGAAUGAUGAUUCGUUUGUGGACAAUUGUGUUGACAUAAAGAUUCGUCAGUAUGAAAGGGCGCCAAGAAGUUUUGACGAACCGGGUCCAAUUGCUGAUGAAUACGAAUUGGAAGCAAUUGUCGGUCAGUUUACUCGGUUGGGUAGAGGGAAUUUCAAACGGCAUUUUGUUGUUGUAUUUUGGGCGGGUUAUGAGUUGCCAACUGUUGAACCUUUGGCUAAUUUUAAACAUAAAAAAGAUUAUCAGCGCUUUUUGGAUCCUAUAUCCUUCCGCGUAGCUGGUUCGUCGGCGCAGGACAUUCCUAAGGCGGUACCAGAUCCGGUUGGUGCUGGUCCUCACGAAAUGAUUUUACGUGAUUUGGUUAUGGAACUCCAAAGAUUAGGGUUGUUCACUCUUCAUAAUGGUUUUGAUAGGUAUAAGUUUCGCUUUUCAUUACCAGUUCUACAGUAAUUAUUAUCCUUAUUUGUUCAUUUUACUGUAGUAAACAAUCAUUGGAUUUGUCGCGUCAAUUGGAACUCGACACUUGGUUAAAUCUAUACGAUAGUUGGGUUGCCAUGUCUUCUGGUAUUUUUAUUAACCGUGUGAUUUUAGGGACUUCACACUAUCGUCAGAGAGAAUACGUUGGAUUUGAUCCAAAAUACAAAGUUUUAUUCAGUCCCGAAGUCACGAAAGCGCGUAUCAACAUGAAAGCCGUCGUUGAUGUCAAUGAUAAGGUUGUCUUUCUUGUAAUGCGGAAGACUGAUAUCACUCGAAUUGAUCCAUUGAUUCAUACUGGUGUCUUCGUCUCACAUAAAAUCACCGAAUUCAAAUACAAAUGUAAUAUUUGAUGGAUAUGUUGUUAUUUUUUAGAUAUUAAUUAGUUGUUUUUAUGUAGAUUAUUACUUUGACCCUACACCGAAAGUAAGUGCUCUACAGCGUCUACCACCGACUAUUUCGGCUUUUAUUAAAGCAUCUUCAGUUGGCUCGCAUUAUUCUGGGUCUAAGUGUGUCCAUCGUCUAUACGGGACUCAAGGGUCCGAUGAUGACUGUCUGUUCCGCUCUCUUGUUUUUAUCGCCAAAGUUUUGGACGACUUUUCUUUUAUUGA